AAACACACGAUGCUCGUGAGAAAUCAUCACGUACACCAGUGGCACAGACGGAUGUUUGACAGCAGCAGCAACUGACCGAGACCCACGGUAUUUUAUCAGAGUGACCUUACCGGCGGACAGUGCAUCACGAGGCGUUAUAAACAUCCACCUCACGGAAAAAACUGAAAAUGCCGAUUGGUGAAGAGAAGAACGGGACUUGCGAUAGGUCCAUAUAUGUGAACAAUCCUCAUUUAGAGUCCAUGAAAGAAGACAUCCUUUACCAUUUCAACCUGGGAACAUCUACUCACGACUUACCUGCCAUGUUUGGAGAUGUCAAAUUUGUGUGUGUAGGAGGAAGUCCAUGGAGGAUGAAGUCUUUCACUGAAUACAUUGCCAAAGAGUUGGGGCUAUCAGAGCCUAAUGCUGAUUACCCAAAUAUAUGUGCAGGUACCGAUCGCUAUGCCAUGUACAAAGUUGGACCUGUGCUGUUUGUCAGUCAUGGCAUGGGCAUCCCAUCGAUCGCAAUAAUGUUGCAUGAGCUUAUCAAGCUCCUGUAUCAUGCCCGCUGCACCGAUGUCACCGUAGUGCGCAUCGGGACGUCAGGUGGAAUAGGAUUAAAGCCAGGGACUGUGGUGGUUACCAAACAGUCAGUGGAUUCUGUGUUCCAGCCUCGUUUUGAGCAGAUCAUCCUGGGAAAACUAGUGGUCAGGAGCACAGAACUCGAUGGGGAACUUGCAGAGGAGCUGCUUCAGUGUGGCAAAGACCUCGCCGAGUUUGAGACUGUCAUUGGUAACACAAUGUGCACCCUUGACUUCUAUGAAGGUCAAGCUCGGCUGGAUGGGGCCUUCUGCUCAUACAGCGAAGAAGAUAAACAGAACUAUCUUGCCGAAGCCUAUGCUGCUGGAGUUCGUAACAUUGAAAUGGAGUCAUCGGUGUUUGCGGCCAUGUGCAAACUGAGCAAUCUACGAGCUGUGGUUGUGUGUGUAGCACUGCUGGACAGACUGAAAGGAGACCAGCUGACCAGCUCUCAUGACGUCCUGAAUAACUACCAGCAGCGACCUCAGGUCUUGGUGGGACAUUACAUCAAAAAGAAGCUGAAUGCCUCUAAAAAAAACUAGUUAGUUUGAAAGCUCUUCAAUAAAACUUUGAGAACAGUACCAGGUGAAGGUAGAAAAAAA